CAGAGCUGCCGCUGAUGUAACGGGCCACACUGAACUUCAGCGAGCGGAGCAACAUAACGGACCUCAACCAGACCGAAUUCACGGACAUCACACGAAGAGAUUGUUUACAAGGCGUUAAAGGGGAAAACCGCAGCAUCUCUUAAAAUCUUGGUUCUGCUCUAACGCAGAGAAGUGGACCCGGACUGAGGAUUGUGGCGGUCCGGGACUGCAGACACACGCAGUGAUAAGAGCAGCAUGCAGACCAGAGAGCCUGUAACGGGUGCCUGCAGAGGUGAGGAAUGACAUCAUCCAGAUGAGAGGCAUGGAGCUGAAGGUAUGGGUGGAUGGAGUGCAGCGCAUUGUCUGCGGUGUCACAGAGGUCACCACAUGUCAAGAGGUUGUGAUUGCGUUGGCCCAAGCAAUAGGACGAACUGGUCGCUACACAUUGAUUGAAAAAUGGCGUGAGACAGAGAGACAUUUGGCGCCCCAUGAGAAUCCUGUGGUCUCUCUGAAUAAAUGGGGUCAGUACGCUAGCGAUGUGCAGUUAGUGCUUCAACGUACUGGCCCUUCUUUGAGUGAGCGCCCCACUUCAGAGACCUCAGCAAGAGCCCCUGAGCGUACCCUAUAUCGCCAAAGUCUGCCUCCCAUGGCAAAGCUUCGCCCCACAGCCAAUGAUCGUUCCCUCAAACGCCGUGAACCAAAACGCAAGUCCCUCACUUUCACUGGUGGUGCCAAAGGGUUGCGUGACAUCUUCGGAAAGAGUCGUGAAGGUGACUCAAAGCAGAGAGCGGUGAACACAAACCGGUGCAGCACACCAGCACCUACACAGGAGUUGUCUCGCCUGGUGCAGCUGCAGAAGGACAAGUUGCACAUCCUAGAGCAAAAACUGCAACGCUGUGAGACUGAGCUGCAGCAGCAAUUAACUGAGGAAGAAGAAGAGGAACUAGUUGAACUAGAGCAGCAGGUCCGCAGAAAUGAGGCAGAGAUGAAGGAGCAUGAAUUCUGGGAGAGUGAGCUGCAGAUUGAGCAGGACAAAGAAAGGCAACUGCGUGAGCAGCUGCAGGAACUGCGCAGUCGUGUACAAGAGUGUGAGGAGCAGCUGGGAGAGUACCUAGCACGUAUUCAGUGCAUGGAGGCAGGGCUGGAGGCAGAGCGCCUGCAACAAGAACUAAUGGAGACUCGACUGGCAGAUGAAAUGGAGGUUCGGUUGCGACUGGACAAGGCACGCACUGAGCUGGACAUACAGGUGCAGCAGGCUGUGAGACUAGAAAGCACCUGCAGAGCUGUGGAGCUCUCGCUUGGGCAUUCAAACAUUAGGCUACAGGAGAAAGAGCUAGAGCUGGAACAGUUAACUAAGGAGCUGAGACAGGUAAAUCUUCAGCAGUUUAUCCAACAAACUGGCACCAAAGUAACAGUUCUACCAGCAGACCCUGGUGAGGAUGAAACCAACACAGAGGCAGAAAAUGAGUCUGGAUCUCUGAAGCGGCUUGGAUCGGCCAGACAACUUCCUGCUGACCUCCGAGCUCUGCAGAGCCCCCUCAACACAACCUUUAACCCUGAAGGAAUCUACGUCUGAGUUUGCACUGGGCAUUGAUAUCUGAUUUCCUACAUGACCCUUCACCACUCUCAAAUCAUGAACAUUUCCUUUCGGUAGAUCGCACACUCUGGAAAUGUAGAGGUAUCCUAUUUGCUCUACAAAAAAAAAAAAAAA